AAAACUUCUUCCUUCAAUAAACACGUUUAAACACGUUCUUGUGUGUUUGAUUUGUGGAAAAAAAAGUGGGUCGUCACAGAUUUUCCAUUUCACGCGGAUUAAUCUUAAUACUGCUGUGCAGUCAGAAGUAGAUGUCUAAGUCUAUUCGAACUUGAGCGCUGACAAAAAAAAAAAAAAAAAAAAAAAAAAAAAAGCGAUCAUGCCAAGUCUCCAUCAAACUGGAGAGAGAGCGUUCAAUUAUAAAAUAUCACGUGGAAGAGAGAGAGGAAACCGACUUAAAAGCUCGCAUUUUAUAUCGUCUCUGCUGGAGAAGGCGAGUCUUAAAGUUCCUUCAGAAUGGGCAGUCUCCCCUCAGAUGCAUCUGGACGACAGCAGCAUCGGGUCAUGGAGAGGUGCCCCUAGCUUUACCAACCCAUGCACGCGGAGGUGUCACCUGCAGUUUCGGCGGAGAAUACCAGCUUAUCCGGUUUUUGUCAGCGGAAUAGCGGUCCUUCUCCAGGCACACCGACUCAGACCAUCAGCUCCGCCAGAAACCGCAGGGGGCCGUGAGUGCGCCGCGCCGGUGUGGGCUUCGUACGCACCGCAGAGAAGAUGAACAUCCAGGUUCUGCCAGAACACAAGCUCUCGUCGGUGGCCCCGUUGAAACAGUGCAAUGUGGAGAAAAAGGAGGUAGAACUGAUACUGGUGAAGGACCAGAAUGGCGUCCAGUACACCAGUUCCUCCAUCAUUCCCAGCCCCGGUCACCGCACAGGUCCGCCCGGAUCCAUCUCCGAGGACGACCGAGAAACUUGGGGCAAGAAAAUAGACUUUCUCCUGUCGGUGAUUGGUUUCGCGGUGGAUCUGGCCAAUGUUUGGAGAUUUCCUUACUUGUGCUACAAAAAUGGAGGAGGGGCCUUUUUGAUUCCCUACAUUCUCUUCUUGGUCAUUGCGGGGAUGCCAUUGUUCUACAUGGAACUCGCAUUGGGCCAGUACAACAGGGAAGGGGCAGCUACGGUUUGGAAAAUAUGCCCCGUCUUUAAAGGUGUGGGCUACACUGUGAUUCUCAUAGCCCUCUAUGUGGGCUUCUACUACAACGUCAUCAUCGCCUGGUCCCUCUACUACCUGUUCUCUUCGAUGACAACCGAGCUGCCGUGGCUCGAGUGCGGCAACAGCUGGAAUAGCCCCAACUGCACGGAUCCCCAAAGCAUCAACGGAUCCGUCCUCGGCAACGGCACGUCCUACGCCAAGUACAAGAUCACCCCGGCAGCAGAGUUCUAUGAACGAGGCGUGCUGCAUCUCCAUGAAAGUAAGGGGAUCCAGGACCUGGGCUUGCCCCGCUGGCAGUUGACCCUGUGCCUGGUUGUGGUGGUCUUCAUCCUCUACUUCAGCCUGUGGAAAGGUGUCAAGUCUUCAGGGAAGGUGGUGUACAUUACAGCUACCAUGCCCUACGUGGUCCUUUUUGUGUUGCUGAUCCGAGGCAUAACUCUGCCAGGGGCCAUGAAAGGCAUCAAAGCCUACCUCCACAUUGACUUCAAGCGACUCAACAAUCUAGAGGUGUGGAUUGAUGCUGCCACCCAGAUAUUCUACUCGCUGGGUGCAGGAUUUGGUGUACUCAUUGCAUUUGCUAGUUAUAACAAGUUCAACAACAACUGCUACAGGGAUGCACUCUUGACCAGCACUGUGAACUGCGUUACUAGUUUCUUCUCAGGGUUUGCCAUCUUCUCUGUGCUUGGAUACAUGGCUCACAAACAUGGAGUGAACAUAGAAGAUGUGGCGACAGAGGGGGCAGGUUUGGUGUUUAUCAUCUACCCUGAGGCAAUUUCUACGCUACCAGGCUCAACGUUUUGGGCGAUUGUGUUCUUCAUCAUGUUGCUGACUCUGGGAAUCGACAGCUCGAUGGGUGGUAUGGAGGCUGUCAUCACAGGUCUGACGGAUGACUUCAAGAUCCUCAAGAGAAACAGAAAGCUCUUCACCUUUGCCACAGCCUUUGGAACCUUCCUGUUUGCCUUGCUCUGCAUUACUAAUGGUGGGAUCUAUGUGCUGACCUUGUUAGAUAAGUAUGCAGCAGGCACUUCUAUACUCUUUGGUGUGUUGAUCGAGGCCAUUGGAGUGUCGUGGUUUUAUGGAGUGGACCGCUUCAGCGAAGAUAUUGAGCGAAUGAUGGGCUUUAAGCCAGGUCUCUACUGGAGGCUUUGCUGGAAAUUUGUAAGCCCAGCUUUUCUGCUGUUCGUGGUAAUAGCCAGCACUUUGACGUCGGGAGGCCUGAAGUACGAUGACUAUGUCUUCCCUAACUGGUCCAACGUAUUGGGCUGGGGUGUGGCCAUGUCCUCCAUGCUGUUUGUUCCCUUUUACGCUAUUUAUAAAUUCUUCAGCGUACCAGGAACGUUCAAAGAGAGAAUAGCCUACUGCAUCACUCCAGAGCAUGAACAUCAUCUGGUGGCUGAAGGAAAUAUACGGCAGUUCAAACUCAAGCACUGGUUGGCCAUCUGAUCACAAAUACCCAAAAUGCCGUCAGCCAUCCUCACAUCUGGUGUUUGGAGUUCCUGUGUGUCACCAGUGGUCAGACGGACAAGGAGGGCAACAGGGCCCCAACCUCUCUCAGCAGACACCCUCUUCUGCCUGUGCAUUUAAUACCCAAGGCCUUUGUUCUCAGCGGUGGCUUCGAGCACUUUGAUUUCAGCGUCAUGCCUGUUAACAUUGUGAAAUUUUCUACAGCUUCAACUCACAAGGGAGGGCACAGUUGACAAGUCAUUUGUCCACGGGCAUCAUUAUGGCUUUUAUUUGCAGUUUAAAUUCAUCAUGCAUUUUGUUAUGAUUUUAGAUAUUUUGCGGUGUUACUAUUAGCUGCGAAAGAAACAAAGGUAAAAAGUAAAACCCCCAAAGUUGGUUUUGUGUAUAGUGAUACGGGACAACCAAAAUACGUCAGUUAUUAACUAGCUUUUACCUCUGUGGCUAUUUAUGAUUGAGUUAUUGUUGGAAGAAAGUCUCUGUUCUUGCCAUUCUGUUGGCACAGUGGCUUAUCUGUGUCAGUGCCUUAUAAAGUGGGACACUCUUUCCUUUCUUACAGUCCGUACACAAAGGAAAAAAAAAAAAAACUGCAUUGACUCAGGAACCCAGUAACAUCAAACCAGUUUGUCGAUGGCACACAUCUCGUGGUAUUGACCCAGUCCUUUGACACUCAAGUCAACAGUCCAUCAAGAUCAAGCUCCUUAAUAAAGAAAAUAAAAGGCCAGACAUAAUGCUUUUUUUUUUUUUUUUUUAUUGCCACGUUUUUUCGUUACGGAAAUAAGGGAAUAAUGCAUGCAUCACUACAAAGCUUUAAAAGGAGAGCGUCAGGAUUCAUUGAACUCCACGCUUUGAAAAAGCCAGACUCACAACCAAGCCUCAAUCUCAUGGAAGGACUAAGGUGGUACCUGGUCAGUGCCUGGCUGCUCGCAUACAGUGCAGGGGGGUGGAAAACAUCACCAAAACAAAUGGCAGAACUGUUACAGAUAGUUUUGUAUUAUUGUUAUGUGACUUUUACUUUUACAUUUUAUUUGUGUGUGUUCAGUGCUUUUGAGGGAACACGUGUGGCUUUUCCUCCAAAGAAACAAAGAGAGAAAGGAGAGAGAGUGUGUAGAUGUGUGUAUUGGGAUUUUGUUGCCUCCAUACAGUACGCUACUAGCGUACAGUACGUGGAGGACUGACAGCUGUCAAAUGCCUCUGUCGCUGUACUGUAUAUUAACACUUAUGUUAAUUACAUGACAGCAGCUCUUACAUUUUCAUUUGAUACAUGAAUUGGGGCAUUCCUCAUUUGUCAUCCCUACAGAAGUGCCAAGUUGUUUCUUUCAGAGUGAUAUGAUUAUCUUCUUUUUUUUAUUAUUAUUUAUUGGAAUGAAGUUGAAUUUUAACCUUGAAUCAUAACACCCUUACCGAAAGGAAUAAAGCCACAAGGAAAAAAAAAGAAAACAAAUAUAUGUGGGAUAUAUAAGAAGAUAUAAAAAUAUAUAAAUAUAUUCUUUUGUUAUAUCUAAUCUUGUAUUUAUCAAAUUGUUUAUAGCAAAACGUGAAUGUAAAGUAUUUUAAACGUAACUGUCUAUAGUCCUGACAUGGUGUUUGAUGUAUAGCUAAGAUGAACUAUUUAGAGAAAAAAAAUAUAUAUAAAUAUAUAUAUAUAUAUUCUUCAGUGUAACCCUGGGCUUCUUUGUCACAUAUGAUUGUGAACAACAUGCCCUGGCUUUCCUGGACUAUGUUUACAGAAAUAUUGUGUACAAUACCAAUGUCCUGUUGAACGUGAGUGACAACUAUCUAUAAAGAAGUCUGAAGUAUUCACAAUAUGAUAAUAAAGAAUUUCUUCUACACCUA